AUCAGCUCUGUCUGGCUGUGGAAGGAGUACGUCUGGCUAUACGCAUGCGCCGUGCAGCCUCCGUUCGCGUCGGUAAGGGUGUCGAGCCCAGCUCGCGCUGGAACACGGCAACAGCGAAUAUAUACAGUAUUUUUUUUACAUAUAAAUAAUAAAAAAAACAUUAAAAGGAACGGAUGUGCCUCCGAAAACGAAACGGAUACCGUCCACCUGAUCAUUUUAAUGCAAAAAAUUGAGAGGUCCGUGGCCAAAGAGGGGAUGACAUGCAUGUUCCGAGGCUGUUAACAUCGCUGAGGAAUAGAAGACCAAUAGGCUGCCAAGAGCUGUCAAGCCAUGAUGGACAUACUGUACACAGGCCCUGUCCCGGCAGACGGAGAGUCUCCCAUGGCUGUCAGCGAGAUGUCGACCAGCCGGGCUCAACGACAGCCCAACACACAGAGACCAAACCCAUGCUGCUUCUGCUGGUGUUGCUGCUGUAGCUGCUCAUGUUUCACUGUUAGGAAUGAAGAGGACAGGAGGAAGAAAUCCCUGGAGACGCAUCUGGAGAGCAUAUCAAACUGUGAAGCUUGCACCAAACCAACAUUAGAGGAGAUUAGGGUCUGGGCCCAGUCGUUCGACAAGCUGAUGAAGAAUCCUGCAGGUCGGAAUGUGUUCAGGGAGUUCUUAAGGACUGAGUACAGCGAGGAGAACAUGUUGUUUUGGCUGGCCUGUGAAGACCUCAAACAGGAGAUGAACAAGAACACAGUGGAGGAGAAGGCACGCAUGAUCUACGAGGACUACAUUUCUGUCCUGUCUCCCAAAGAGGUGAGUCUGGACUCCCGGGUGAGAGAGGUGAUUAACAGGAAGAUACAGGAGCCUACGCCCCAUACCUUUGAGGACGCCCAGCUUCAGAUCUAUACCUUAAUGCACAGAGACUCCUACCCUCGCUUCCUCAACUCGUCUCUCUACAGAUCACUGGUUCACCCGGGCUCCCGCACCUCCUCAGAGUCAUAGGUUCACCCGGGCUCCCGCACCUCCUCAGAGUCAUAGGUUCACCCGGGCUCCCGCACCUCCUCAGAGUCAUAGGUCCACCCGGGCUCCCGCACCUCCUCAGAGUCAUAGGUCCACCCGGGCUCCCGCACCUCCUCAGAGUCAUAGGUCCACCCGGGCUCCCGCACCUCCUCAGAGUCAUAGGUUCACCCGGGCUCCCGCAUCUCCUCAGAGUCAUAGGUUCACCCGGGCUCCCGCACCUCCUCAGAGUCAUAGGUUCCCCCGGGCUCCCGCACCUCCUCAGAGUCAUAGGUUCACCCGGGCUCCCGCACCUCCUCAGAGUCAUAGGUUCACCCGGGCUCCCGCACCUCCUCAGAGUCAUAGGUUCACCCGGGCUCCCCGCACCUCCUCAGAGUCAUAGGUUCACAACAUUUCACUCACUCACACAUGCUCCUCUCUCUCUCUGUGUCACAUUCUUGAUCUCGCUCUCUCUCUUUCUCCACUCUCUCCCUCUGCUCUUCCUCGCUGUCUCAGUCUCGCUCUCCCUUCAUCCUCACUCUCUCUUAUGCUCUUUCACUCCUCCCUCUCUGUCUCACUCCAUCCACUCCCCCUCUGUCUCACUCCAUCUUUAUCCCUUGUCUCUGCCUCUCUCCAUCACUCCCCCUCUGUCUCACUCCAUCUUUAUCCCUUGUCUCUGCCUCUCUCCAUCCACUCCCCCUCUGUCUCUCUCCAUUGCACAACCACUAAAGGAGAAAAUAUUUAUCCUUUUGUGGAUUUUUCUAAUGAUUGUUGUAGGAAUUUUCUGUAGGAUUUAUUUGGUUGCCAUACCUUUCAGUUGUUUUUAAACGAUGAACUCACUUCGUCAUGCCAUAUAUGGAUUUCCUGACUGCACAGAUACCCACAAAUGCUUCCCUAUUCCCUGUAUAGUGCACUACCCGCAUAGGGCUCUGGUCAAAAGUAGUGCACUAUGUAGGGAAAAGGGUUCCAUUUGACAAGCCAAGUUAACUGGGAAGACACAGGGGGUUUUUUUCACAGGAGAAGACAGACACAUUAUUUCUGUUGGAUUUCAUUCAUUUAACUGCUUGUGGUGACAGCUGCUUUAGCACCAACUACUGAUUAUUUGGAUUUACAUACAACAAUCUGCUUUUUGUUUUAUAUAAACUGUAUUUGCAUAUAUAUUUUACUUUCUCCUGACAAACGUCCUAAUUUUUGGAAGAGCACUCAGAUAAGAGAAACUUGGCAAUAAGACACUGGAGUGAGUCGGACUACUUUCCAACGUUCACACAACGUUAAAGACAACGUUCACACAAUGUUAAAGACAACGUUCACACAACGUUCCCAACCCUGACCCCCCCUUUUUUUGGGGGCGGACUGGACUGCCUGGACACUGCUGCUCUAAUCUGAUUCUGACCUUUGAACUCUCACCUUUGACCUGGCCACUGUCUCCCUCACCUCACUGCUAUGAUUGGCAUUGGGUUGAGCUGUGGAUGGUCGAUCAAUAAGGGGGGGAGGGGCUAAGCGACUUUCCAACCCAGGUGGGGGGAAAAAAAGGACAACAAAAAUAUGUAAAAAAAAAACAAACAAAUAAAAAAAUGCUAUUGAAUUGUUAACUGCUUUAUGGGAAAUGGAGUUUGAGGACAACGGAUGUCUGUAGUUAGACAGAAGAUGAUGCCUUGGUCUUAACUUGACGUCAAUCAAAAUGCUUUAAAGUUAGUAUUAUUAUUAAUGUUAUUUAUUUAAUUUUUUUGUUCAACUGUGAUAAUGAUUUUACUGUAUAAACAAAAAAAAAAACAGAGACCAUCAACACAAACCAUCAGAAAAGUGCUUUAUGUGACACGAUAUUCCAUAAAGUAGUGCACUACUUUUGACCAGAUUCCCACAGCUCUGGUCAAAAAUAGUGCACUAGAUAGGGAGCCAUUUGAGUUUGGGUGUUUGCAGUUUGGAAGGCCUUGCCACUCUGGCACCACCUGUAGGUGGUAAAUGGUACUCUUUCUCUCACAUUUUAUUUAACUAGGCAAGUCAAUUAAGAAUAAAUUCUUAUCUACAAUGACGGCCUACCGGGGAACAGCGGGGAACAGCGGGUUCACUACCUUGUCAGCUCAGGGAUUCGAUCCAGCAACCUUUCAGUUAUGUACAAUGUAGACGCCAUGCCAACAUCGUGCCAACAUUUACUCCAGACCAGAUCAGCUCUAUGGUCAAAUAAGGGGCGGCAGGGUGGCUUGUAACCGAAAGGUUGCAAGAUCAAAUCCCUGAGCUGACAAAGUAAAAAAUCUGUCGUUGUGCCACUGAACAAGGCAGUUAACCCACUGUUCCUAGGCUGUCAUUGUAAAUAAGAAUUUGUUCUUAACUGACUUGCCUAGUUAAAUAAAAGGUGAUGUUUCAUUUACACUGUCCCUGGUGCUUCUGAAUAACAUUCUGUGAACUGAACUGGGAAGUGACCCAACUAUGCUCCAGUGGAGUUGUGAAUUCAACUCCCAUCUCUGGAACAUUCAACUGAAUGGAAACAGUGCUGUACUGAAUGACCAGUUGAAAAAUGGGGAGGGUUUGGGGUUGGGGAACGCUGUAAAUACAUCACUCAUUGCUUUCCAGCCACAUCUCCCCUCCACACCAACCAAACGGGAGCAAACGUUUCACUACAAACUGUUCGGCUACGUAGCUAAUGUUCAAACCCUCUGUGGAGCUGUGAACUGAACUCCUGCCAUCACUGGUGGGAAGGGGCCUAACCAAGGACUAGAGGGGCUGCUGUAUUACGGCUGCCUCAUGAUUGAUAUUAUACAGAAACUAGUAGUGAAAGUCUACGUAUUCACAUUUUGCUGCUUUAAUAUUUAAAUCUAUGUGAUUAAAUUAGAUGUUUUUGUCAAAACGUCUCCACAACCUAGUCCACA